CCCAUAAAAAUGGCAACAUAAAUCAAAUUCCUUCUCUUCAAGUCUUAAUCGCCCGCCAUAAAUAAGUUAAGUUGUAAAAUAUAUCAACUACCAGUCACAACUCACAAGUCUCUCCCCCAAAACAAUCUUCUACAUCUUUCUCUCUAUCGAUACUCUCUGAGAAUCUCAAAGGAUUAGCAAUGAUUAACUAACACGCAAAUACGUACUCGGAUUAUUCAACUCAGUUAUCUCUACUUAAGCUUUGGGCCGUGGCAUAAAUACGAGGCCAAAUAUAAAAAGUUAUGUUGGACUAGUCUGUUGAGGAUUGUUAUGGCAUGUGCGGCUUGCUCCGUGUACCCUUUUAUGGUUGGUUUGGUUACCUAUUUUGCAGUUUUAGGAUUGUUGGUAAUCAUAACUUUCGCAGUCCUAAAGUUUCUAGGGGAAUGGAGAGGAAGGCAUCCAGAAGAAGGUGAAAGUAACCUUUUGAUGCCCCAAUAUCACAUAGAUAAGAUAGAAACAACUAGCUAUGGAACUUAUAACCAGCAAGAUCCCGAGUUCGGAAAUGGCAGUAGCAGCAAGUGUUGGGAGUUAUAUGAUGCUAACAUUUGUGUGAUUUGCUACGACGAGCAAAGGAAUUGCUUCUUUGUGCCUUGUGGUCAUUCUGCUACUUGUUUUAUCUGUGCUCAAAGGAUAUUUUACGAGGAGAACAGAAAUUGUCCAGUAUGCCGAAGAUUCAUAGGCAAAAUUAGAAAAUUGUUCACUUCUUACUUUCAUAAUUGAUUGAUGUUCAAGUCCAUUUUCUUGUUGCAUACAAUAGUUUAAGUGUACCAUUAGGAGUGUAAUUGAAAGUAAGUGUACGGUUGGGAAAAGUUAUUACUAUAAGUCUACAAGUAUACUAAUAGGAAUUUCCUUAAAUUUUAAGAUUAAAGUUUGAUUCUGUUUA